AUGCAGCAGAUGACUGUGGGUCGUUCUCCUGAUAGGUCAAGAAACCCAUCAACAGAGGGCUCUGAGAGGCAAGUAAAGAUCAGUAGACAGCUAGAACGUUUUCAACCAUUGUGUAAACCAAAGCUGAUCAUUGCUUAUGUUAUUGAUGGGCUCCAUCAAUCCAUUUAUUCUGUUUUCGAUGGCAGAGGUGAACAUGACCCUGCUAUACCCAUCCAGAUGCAGCCUCAGUUUCUAAGUAUAUCAAGUACCCUUGAUCAAAGCCAUCAUGCUAGACCACACCCUGUUGUGGCUGCAGGGCUCCAAUCUCUUUUAGAGGUGGAUGAAGUAACAUUUCAGGGAAAAGUUUUCCAGACCCCUGGGGGAAAGAUUCUGUAUUAUAUACAAAAGGACUCAGAGUGCUGUGGAACCCCUCUGAUACUCAGAUUUAUGGACUCUUAUAAACAGGAACUGGUGCGUGCACAUAUAUUGUAUGAUAGUGGGUGUUGCAACUCCUAUAGAGAGCUCCAGAUCGAAGCUCCACCAAUGCAUCCCAUUGGUUUCAUUACAGACUGUUGUUCUGAUGGUGGCCUGAAAUUCUCCAUCAAGGAUAACAAGAGGGUACCCAUAUUUACAUCCCAGAUCAGCAUUAAUUCCUUUUUGAAGAAACCCAUAGAGAUAUGCAGUCUAUAUGGACCCCAACCAGUCAGCAGGAUCACAAAGGGCUUUGCAAUUCUUAUACAGUUUCCCAAGGACCUGGAGGCUAAAAUGAAAGCUGUGAUCCUAGGGACCUACCUAUACAUGAAAUUCCGGGUUAAUGAGAUUAACAAUCAGCAAUACUCUUCCAGUGCAGACAGGGGAGACUUUGGAAGUGCAGACUGGAGCUUUGGAAGUGGAGACUGGAGCUGUGGAGGUGGAGCUGAUAUUGAUUUUGAUACUGAUUUUGGGGAAAGUGACUGGGGAGGAUGUGAUUGA